AUGGCCAGCCCGCUGCUCGCCGGCCUGACGCGCACGGGCACCGAGGCACCCGCGGCAGUCCCCGAGCAAAGGCGGCGCGAGAAGGUGCCUAAGCUCGCGUGGGCGGACCUCAGCGACGACCUCGACGAUGGGCUGAGCGAGUGCUCCACGCAGGCGCCGGGCUGUUCCAGUGGUGCCGCCUCGUCGGACGGGCACGGCGAGUCCUCGGGAGGCCCGGCAGCCAGGCGGGGUACCCCUGGCAGCCCAGUCCAGCCAUGGUUGGGCUCGAUGCUCGCGCAGGGCCUGAGGCCAGCAUUGCCCGAGCUUGGCUCUCUCGUCAACCUAGCGGGCGCUUGCCCAGCAGGCGCGCAUGCCGUCGUCACCGCCGUCGACCGCGAGGAGGGCACCUGCAAGUUCCUGACGGCGACCGAUCCCGCUGUGUGA